CAACGGUAGCUACUAGCUAACAGAACCGCCAAUGUUAGUUAACUAUCCCGCCCGUGGUCUUUGGAUAUUCAAAUGUGCUAUAGCAAGGAAAGAUAACGGAUCAUCUGACUUAACUUACAACUGUGGAUAGCGAUGAGUGGGGCCGAAGGAGGUGAUAGCAAGUUGGAAAGGUGCAACAAAGAAAGAGCUGCCCUGAAGAAUUGGUACCUCAGGACAGUUAAACUAGCUGCGGCAGUCGCUGUAAUAAAGAGCAAACCACCUGGGAGGAGUGGGAGACAGCAUGCCGAAUACCUUGCAGCCAAUCUCCAGAACCGGGAUGUGGACUGGAAGGCCAAGGCUCAGACCUUGCAGCAAGAAGUUCUGCAUCUGCGCCAGGAACUGUUUCUUACUAAGAUCCUGUCAAAGACUAGCUCUUGUGAUGGAACAGGAGACGGCAGCAUCGAUCCGGAAUCCGGGGGCUCCACAAAGGACACAUCCACCUGGGAGGACUCUGGCUUUGAGACGCAGGAAAACUCGGAAGUUCUGCCACCCGCCCCGAAACCUGGGGAGAUUGCGCCCGUUGCCCCCGCCUGCCAAACCUUAUUCAGCUCCGCCCCGAAAGGCAGAACCGUCCUGCUUCACACCCAGUUCCUGCAGAGCCUGGUGGGCCUGGCUCGCCUGGAGGACAGGGACCUCCCGGAUGGGGAGUGCUCCAUAGUGCCCGAUUCCAUUGCCCAGCUGCUGGCGGGCAUGGUGUCGGCCUGCAGAGACGUCCAGCUGCUCCCCUCUGCCCCGCUGCUCCUUCGAGCCGCCAGGGUGGCGGCACGGGCAGCAGACUGCAGGAUCUCUGGCAGACCACCGUCAGUGGACGUCAUGAGACAAGUGGAGGACUCCCUGAAGGAGUUCACUGACCUGCUGCUGAAUAACAGCCAGCUUAACAGGUUUGGCAUGCAGGAGACUCUGGCUGACUGCCUGGCCCUCCUGGGUGGAAGCCGUGUGCUGAAGCCCUUGCUCGUUCCUCACAUCCUUCACCAGAUCAACUGCUUCGCCAGUCAGCUGUGGGAGACAUGCCAGCAGGUGGAGGUGGUGGGGCAGCGGCAGUUAGACGCGGGGAGGUACGAGAACUCCUUCUACCUGCUGUGGGUCCUGGAGCGGCUCCUGCCAGACGGGGAGGGGGCGGGCGGGGCCGGGCAGAACCCGCAGCUGGGCCAGCUGGAGCGCCACGCCCUGCAGCUGUCCGAGGAGUUCCCGCUAUUCGGCAUCUACGCCUGGAGGGUGGCGGCACGCCCGAGACCCGCCCAGACCACCAACUCCACAUGA